CCUCCUACCCCCUCCUCACACCACUCAGAACCUAGUUCAAGUCCACCCAACCCAACCCAACCCAACCCAACAAAUCAAAUCAAACCAAAUGACAACUCGCCCUUAUCCUUACCCUCCCCCAAGUCCCAACAAUGAAAAGAAUCCUAACUCGAAUAUCAAUUUCCAUACCCCCUCUCUUAAUCCCUUCCUCUACACCCAACCAUCCAUCAACCAAUCAAUUACUUACUCAAACUACAUCUCCAACCCGCAAUUACAACCAGCAAAUAAAAUAACAAUUCUUCUCUACCCUUCUAGGGCUCCAAAUCAAGAGAUGGAAAAGAUUCAUCCUCCAGCCCCCACCCCCCAGGUGAUGAAAGGCUUGUUCAAUGAGGACAUGCCAAGAGGGGGGGUGGUUGGUCGGUUGCCUCUCUGGUGGAGAUGGAAUGGGAGGAAUGGGAGGAAUGGGUUGGAUGGAUGGAUGGGGUGUGUUUUUGUUGUUCGAUUGGCUGUUCUAAGAUGGUGGGGAUAGAACUUAUGCUGUGUAUGUAUGGGGAUGGAAUAUGGAUGUUGGGAUGAGCUUGUGCAUAUGCGUGCAUAUAUGCAUGUAUGCUGGGUCUGCUGUCAUUGUCUAUUGGGCUGUCUUGCAUGUGGAGUGGGUUGUGGAGCUGUUCGAAGGGGUCACAGUUACUG